UAUAGUAUAUACAUAUAUAUACACAUAUACUUUUUCUUGUACCGUUCUACCGAUAGAAACGAUCUCUAUACAAAAUUUGCUUUGUGCAAGCUAAAGGCAUCUAUUGGAUUAAAGAAGAACUAGAAUUUUAAAGUAAUAAUCAUGAAAAAUAUAUGAAACUUAAUUUAUUAAUUUAUGUAUUUUUGUAUUUAGAAAAUGCAAGAAAGAGAUGAAAAAUUUUGUGAACGGACAAUUGUGUCUACCAAUCAAUAUUUGAGCGUUCAAGAGAAGAGUAUUGAAAUACCGAUAGUCGACAAUAAAGAGUUGAAGAAAAAUUUAAUCGCGCGCAUCGAAGCUGUUACGCUAAAAAUAAUAGAGCAGAUAUCUGUCGGACAGGCACCGUAUUUAUCGUAUUCUAAUGGCCAAAAUGUCAUUUCGAAACUGAGCGUGCGUGAAAAGAACGUCUAUUCUAAAUGCUCAGGCGAUCUUCAACGGAAAACGAUGUUCUUCAAUGAUACCGUGAUUGAUUUGGCUGAAGAACAAACUAUAAAUGACGAAGAUACUUCUCAAAAGUCAACUGAAAAGACAACCGUUGAUUUCGCGAUAAAUAGCAGCAGAAAUAAAUUUGUCCUAAUGAUGGUAAUGAUAGCAGAGAUUCAUCAUUUGCUGCUAACAAACACGACUAGAACCAGACGAUCGUUAUAUUAUGAUCUGAAAAAUGAGACAACCAAAUAUUUGGUGCCACAUCAAGGAUACGUCGAUCGUGCGUUGAACGACAUUGCUAAUUUGUUAGAAUGCGCGCCGUGGGAUUUGCGACUACUCGCGACGACUAAAGGAUUGGUGGCAGGAAAUAUGGCUAUCACGCUAGUCGACAAUCAAGUCAUUGAUUGUACGAUACCAAGUGGCGCGCAGAUUCCGCAGAUCAUUUCGAACGUAACUUACAUUCGUGCGAAAGCCGAGUUCGUCUUGGUCAUUGAGAAGGACGCGGUCUUUCAAAAGUUACUCGAGGAAAACUGCCCUCGCGUCCUAAGAUGCAUCCUAGUGACGGGAAAGGGAUAUCCGGAUGUAGCUACGAGAAUGCUGGUUAAGAUGUUAUCUGAGAAAAUGAGUUUACCGGUCUACAUACUUGUAGACGCGGAUCCCUUCGGCGUAGACAUUAUGUUAAUUUAUCGCUUCGGCUCAUCGACCCUUUGUAAAGUAAACGAGAGCUUAGCUUGUCCUAACGCACGCUGGCUUGGAAUCUACCCCUCAGAACUGGUUGCUAUAGGAGCGAAAACAAUCCCGCUCACCGAAACCGACCUCGUAAAAUUGAAAUCCAUUGAAUCCCGGAGUUACACAAACGAAGCUAUAUCGAAGCAGCUAACCAUAUUGCGGAAGGGCAAGGCGGAAAUAGAAGCGGUGUCUUCCUUCUCAAAGAACUUUCUUACUGAAACGUAUUUACCUUAUAAAAUAAAUGGCCAGGAUUAUAUUUAAAGCGUAAUCUGAUAAGAGAUUCCUUUUUAAUUUA